UGAUGGGAAAGUUCUGAUAAAACGCCAUUUUGCUCCCAGAAGAACAGGGACGGCAGGAAAGGUUGUAGCUAACAAGCUAUAUAGCACGCAUUUCCUGGCACAUUAACGUUAAAUCUCCAGUGGACACAAUGGCAAGUCCGGGGAAAGACAACUACAGGAUGAAGAGCUAUAAGAACAAAGCCUUAAAUCCUCAGGAGAUGCGACGAAGGAGAGAGGAGGAAGGAAUUCAGCUACGCAAACAGAAAAGAGAGGAGCAGCUGUUCAAGAGGAGAAAUGUAUAUGUACCUUCAAAUGAUGAAUCAAUGUUGGAAUGUCCGAUCCAGGAUCCAGACAUUAGCUCCACAGUGCCUGUUGCAGGUGAUGGAGUCAUAACUCCAGAUAUGAUUCAGAUGAUCUUCUCUGAUGACCCAGACCAGCAGCUAAUUGCUACACAGAAAUUUAGGAAAUUACUCUCCAAAGAGCCCAACCCACCCAUAGAUGAUGUUAUUUCCACUGCUGGUGUUGUAAAUCGUUUUGUGGAGUUUCUGAAGAGGAGUGAAAACUGCACACUGCAGUUUGAGGCGGCUUGGGCACUGACCAACAUCGCCUCAGGUACCUUUCUGCACACCAAGGUCGUGAUUGAAACGGGAGCAGUUCCCAUUUUCAUUGAGCUACUGAACUCUGACUAUGAGGACGUCCAGGAACAGGCCGUAUGGGCACUGGGGAACAUAGCAGGAGAUAAUGCUGAGUGCAGAGACUACGUGCUCAACUGUGGCAUCCUGCCAUUUCUACAACAGCUACUUGCUAAAUCCAAACGUCUCACAACAACCCGCAAUGCAGUGUGGGCUCUGUCCAACUUGUGCCGAGGGAAGAACCCACCACCAGAUUUUGCUAAGGUGUCUCCUUGUCUCAGCGUGCUAUCCAGGCUUCUUUUUAGUAGUGAUCCAGAUGUGCUGGCUGAUGCUUGCUGGGCUCUGUCCUACCUGUCUGACGGCCCUAAUGAAAAGAUCCAGACGGUCAUUGACUCCGGGGUCUGCCGCAGACUGGUGGAACUGCUCAUGCACAGUGACUAUAAGGUGGUUUCUCCUGCUCUACGGGCAGUAGGCAACAUUGUAACGGGAGAUGACAUCCAGACUCAGGUAAUCUUGAACUGCUCCGCACUGCCAUGUUUACUCCACCUCCUCAGCAGUCCCAAGGAGUCUAUCAAGAAGGAGGCGUGCUGGACUGUGUCCAACAUCACAGCAGGAAACAGAGCUCAGAUCCAGAAUGUGAUUGAUGCCAACGUCUUCCCAGUGCUGAUUGAGAUCCUUCAGAAGGCCGAGUUCCGCACAAGGAAAGAGGCAGCGUGGGCUAUUACCAACGCCACUUCCGGGGGCACUCCUGCACAGAUAAGGUAUUUGGUGUCUCUGAAUGCCAUCAAACCCAUGUGUGACCUGCUGACAGUGAUGGACUCAAAGAUUGUGCAGGUGUCUCUCAAUGGUCUGGAGAACAUCCUCAGACUGGGAGAACAGGAGGCCAAACAGAACGGAACAGGCAUCAACCCAUACUGUGCACUCAUAGAGGAGGCUUACGGAUUGGACAAGAUCGAGUUCCUGCAGAGCCAUGAGAACCAGGAGAUCUAUCAGAAGGCCUUUGACCUGAUUGAACACUACUUUGGUGUAGAGGAGGAAGAUGCCAGUCUGGCUCCUCAGGUGGACCAGAGUCAAGGCCAGUUUGUCUUCCAGCAGCAGGAAGGACCACUGGAAGGUUUCCAGCUCUAACCCCACCUCACCUCAUCUGUCCUUUCUUUUUCCUGGUCUCUAAACCUCUGCUAGAGACAGUAGCCUGCUGACUCUCCUGUGACCUAAAGCCGUCUCUGCUGGGCCAGCUUCACCAGCUCCUCCACACACUUUCACUUCUACUAUGCCCUUACACCUACUCUGUAGAGACAGGCAAAUUUGUGAACAUGGAGAUCAAAAGUGAGAGCAAGUUUGGCUCAUUGAUGCUGUUUGAGACUGCAGGAGCCUGAAUGGAGAGCUCAGCUUUUCUGGUUCCAAUCCAUGUCUAUGCCAUGGAAAGCCAACUCAUGUUAAAGAAAAAAAAAACUUUUUUUUUUCGUUGUUGCUACAAUAUGAUUUUCCUUUGACUUCAUGUGCUAUUAUUUUGUACCAUUCUAAAUGAUAAUGGUAUUUGUGUUACACUUAAAAACUGGUGUUUCCAAAUCAGCAUCUUUAUCCCUUUUGAAAUGUGAAACUACCUCUUCAGUCUUCAGAAAAAAAUGGAACUGAAAGAAAGUAAGGAAGGAAAGAAAAGCCCUGAAUGAACAGAUAAAGCAUCAGACAGAUCAUUUUCUUUAAUUAUGGAUACAGGGUAAAGUGGCUGACCUGUCAGAGGACUGUUCUGGGUAUAAAUACAGUACCGCUUUAUAAGUCUGAAGCAGCUGCACAUGUUCUCUGGGUUCUCACUCCUCUCCUGUGGGUUUAAAGGACUUGACAAGCACCUGGAGACCCAGGGUCUUCUAUUUAUUUGUCUUCUGGGGGCUGUGGAGGAGCACCUUUUUCUCUUCUCCACCUUCACCUCUGAGCGAAGGCAACUGCUUCAUGGAGUAUGUAACUGGGCUGCUGGUCCAAGUUAGUUUGAAAUCUGUAACAGUGCUGGCUGUUUAAUAUUGUUUUCACUGCUUAUUUUAAAUGUUAUGCAUUUCAGAAGGCAGUAUCCAGGCAAGAUCGGUGCUCUCUGUUACAUGAAGCAGUGCGUGCAACAAUCUUGCUAGUUAAAUGAGAUUUAUGUUGUUUUUUUUAGUUUGCCACUCUGAACUAGCAACGUAAUAUAUCUUAAAUUAUUUUUUCUUCUUGCAAUCAUUUUUUUGAUAUGGGAUUAGUCGACUGUCUUAGAGGGUUUGUAUAUUAUAUAUACGUGUAUGAGAGAGUAAAGAAAGUAUUUAAGUGGCUAUGAGAAGGUCUGAUGCAAGUAUGUUUUCUGGCUGAUAUGCAGUUGUAAUAUUUCCAGUCCAUCACUGCUUCUCCUUGAUGCACCCUUUUCAGGGUUCUCCCUUUAGUUUCUGUUUUAUUUUGAAAAGGUUUGUUUCCUCAGAGUCUUUUCACUUUGAUUUUUAUUUAGUCACGUUCUGAUUUUGUGGUUGAAGUCUUAAGAUGGAAACAGUUUUUUUUCCUUCCCUUGGCUCUAUCCCUGAGCUGUGACAUAAAAUAAUAUACAUAAAAAUAAUAGUUAGCAUGUUAGCCGUUAGCCU